AUGACUGAACCAACUUUUCCUACAACUGAUUUUCGGUUGUUUUGCUUAACAAUCGUUGCCCUUACUUAUACUGUGCUCGCUGUUUUUAAAGCAGGUGGACGUAAAGGAAAUACGAAGACUUUUUAUGUUCAAAAAUACGAUAAGGAGGGCAAACCAUUACCAGGAACAUCAGAACUAUAUACAAUGGAUAAUAACGAUGAAUUUUCUAACUUUUUGACGAGGGUUGACGCAAAAGGGUUGAAGCUUAUCGAUAAUUCCAGCAACGCGCCAGAUGUUAUUACAUCCUUAGAACGUGUAAUUCCUAACGGUCACUAUCAAAUAGUACAUAAAGGAAAUACGAAGACUUUUCAUGUUCAAAAAUACAAUAAAGAGGGCGAACCAUUAUCAGGAUCAUUUGAACGGUAUACAAUGGCUAAUGAGGAUCUAUUUUCUAAAUUUUUGAAGAGGAUCGACGCAAGAGGAUUGGUGCUUACCGAUGAUACCGACAACGAGCCAGAUGUUAUUACAACUUUAGAAAGUGUAAUUCCCAACGGUUACUAUCAAAUAAGCGCAUCUUAUCUCCUUGCAAUAAAAAAGGGAGUCACCUGGACGCAAGUUGAAGACAAGGUGAUCGAGGAAGAAUCUCUAAUAGCCGUACAGAGCUUUCUUGCUAAGAAUUUUAAUUCACCUGUAAAAACAUUUCCUCGAGUAAUGAUGAAAGAUGAGAAAACAAUUAUGGAAUGGGACGGUGUUCUUGCUUGCAAGGACAUAACAUUCUUACUUGAAUGUAAACACAAGAUGUCGGAAGAGCAUCUAAAGAGGAUUGCUAAUCGAUUAACUGAAUUUGAAAAAAAUGUUGAAAAAACCGAUACUCCAGAAUUCGAGCAACUGAUAGGACAAAAAUGUAUUGGUGUUGCAUGUGGUUCUUAUUUCCCCGAAUCAUUAAGAAAUAAGUCAAUUGAACUUGGAUUAGCAGUUGUUUACCCUAGUGGUAAUCGUUAUAAG